AUGAAGUCCGCCGCAUCUCUCUCGGUCGCCGCAGCCCUGCUGUCCGGUGCUGACGCCUUCUGGCGCAUGCCCUGCACCUCCCGCACAGCCCUCGCGCGUCUCGACCCCAUUGUCGAUGUAGGCGUAGCCUCCAGCCACGGCCACACCAUCCACGGUGGUAGCAACUUUGCCGAGAGGACGUCCUACGAUGACCUGAGGAAGUCGGAGUGCACCUCUUGCCAAUUCAGCGACGACAAGUCGGCGUACUGGACACCCUCUCUGCAUUUCGUCCAUGAUGGUGGCAGCACCGAGAUCGUUCCCCAGAUCGGUGGUAUGCUUGCAUACUAUCAACUGAUCGGUACCAACCUAAAGGCCUUCCCCAAGGAUUUCCAGGCCGUCGCUGGAGACUCCCGUCUUCGCAACUUCACCGGUCCCGUGCCUGACCCGCCAACGUCGGCAUGGACUGAUGAUGAUAUGACUCAGGUCUCGCUCGGCCAGAAGGCUAUCGGUUUCAACUGCAUGAACUACAACAAGAACCCUGAGCCAUCUCGAUACCGCCAUUUCCUCCCCUCCAAGGACUACCUAGAUGAGAACUGCGCCGAUGGCAUUCGCGCUGAGAUCAUGUUCCCAUCGUGCUGGAACGGCAAGGACACCGAUUCUCCUGACCACAGGAGCCACAUCGCUUACCCCAACAACAUCGCUGGUGGCCAAUGCCCGCCCGGCUUUGAGACCCGUCUGCCCUCGCUCUUCUACGAGACUAUCUGGAACACCAAUGCCUUCAAGGGCAAGUCUGGACAGUUCGUUUGGUCGAACGGUGACCCCACCGGCUACGGAUACCACGCCGACUUCAUCAACGGCUGGAACAUCGACACUCUCCAAGCUGCCGUCAACGACUGCACCAGCCUGUCCGGCUUGGUCGAGGACUGCCCCCACUUUGCUGGUUCUCUGCAAACCCAGGCUCAGCAGGGAGAGUGCAAGAUCAAGGAUUUGCCCAAGGCUCUCGACAACGAUGACUGCGCCGGUCCCGCCAAAGGCCUCUGCGGAAAUGUCCCCGUUCAGUACGGUCCGGGAUACGCCAAUGCCUUGAAGAACGGUGGACAUGGCAAAGAGCCAACCGUCAAGCCGACUCUGUCGUCUGCUGCGCCGGUGCCCACCCAGAGCUAUGCGUCUGCCAAGAGCAAGGUCGAGGGCGUCGACGUUUACAACGUCCAGCCUUCUUCCGCCGCUGCCUCUGUCUAUAUCGUCGUCGCUGCCGCCAAGCCCACCCCUGCUUACAAGGCUUCUCCCGCUGCUCCUGAGCCAAUCAAGCCUACCGUAACAGUGGCUGCUGACAUCAAGAACGCGCCCAAGACAAACGAGGAUGGCAGCAUCCUCUCCACGACCACCUACACCAGCGCUGGCACCGUCUACGAGGUUGCCAUCAAGGAGGUCGCCGUCACGGUCACCGUAGAGGAGCCCGCCAAGUACAAGAACCGCCGCCACGCGCACCUGCACCGCAAGGACCGUCUCCACUAA